AUGUGUAGCUACGGUUUCAAGAGAGUGUGUUACUUUGAUGGUAAGUAUGAUGGUGAAUAUAAAAGCUAUAGGGGAGUUGGCGCGGUCGGGAGAUUCUUGAGUGACCUGCUGGGUGAAGUUGAGGAGUGUAAUAAGAUUAUCCAAAGUGAGUUCAACAAGGUCGCAAUUAUGAGUGUCAAGGACUAUGAUAAACUUGAGAAGGCAGUUGAGUGUCACAUCUGUGGUGGUAAGUUUAGUGAGGGUGAUAAGAAGGUGCUUGAUCAUUGUCAUGUUACUGGUAAGUUUAGAGGUGCGGCCCAUAACUCGUGUAACUUGAAUUUUAAGUUAACUGGAAAGAUCCCUGUUGUAUUUCACAAUCUACGCGGUUAUGAUGGUAACUUUAUUAUGCAGGGUGUUGCUGAACUCGGUGAGAAGAUUGAAGUGAUUGCAAAUAAUAUGCAAAAGUAUAUGUCCUUCAGAGUGGGUAAACAGUUGGUCUUCAUUGACUCUAUGCAGUUCAUGAGCAGUAGUCUUGAGGCUCUUGUUGGGAAUCUUGAUAAGAGUCGUUUCAAGAGAAUGCAAAGUGAAUGGCAAGGAGAGGAGCUUGAGAUGUUACUUAAGAAGGGAGUUUACCCUUACGAGUAUAUGAGUUGUUGGGAGAAAUUUGAUGAUAAAAGCUUACCUGAGAAAUCUGCCUUCUAUAGUUCACUGUAUGAGGAAGAGGUUAACGAUAAUGACUAUUCGAGAGCGUGCAAAGUAUAUAAAAAGUUUGACUGUAAGAGUUUAGGUGAUUAUCAUGACUUGUAUCUGAAGACUGACGUGUUGUUGUUAGCAGAUGUAUUCGAAGACUUUAGAAGAGUUUGUCUGGAUGCUUAUAAGUUGGACCCUGCACAUUACAUUUCUGCUCCUGGACUUAGUUGGGACGCUAUGUUGAAAAGAACAGGUGUAAAAUUGGAUUUGCUUUCUAAUGUUGACAUGUAUCAGUUCAUUGAGAAGGGAAUGCGUGGUGGGGUAAGCUAUAUUGGUCAUAGAUACGCGAAGGCAAAUAAUAAAUAUAUGAGUGACUAUGAUCCUGAAAAACCAAGUAGCUACAUAAUGUAUCUCGAUGCAAAUAACCUCUAUGGACAUGCGAUGAGUGAGGAGCUACCAUAUGGAAAAUUUAGGUGGAUUGAUGUUGACAAGGUUAAGCUUGAAGAUUAUGGUAAAGGUAAAGAGAAAGGUUUGAUACUGGAGGUUGAUCUUGAAUAUCCAAGUGAACUUCAUAAGUUACAUAGUGACUAUCCUCUAGCUCCAGAGAAAAUGGAAAUCAGUGAUGACAUGUUGAGUGAAUAUGCAAUGUAUAUAAAAGAGGCUCACAAUGGUAGGUCAACUGGUGUGAAAAAGUUGGUAACCACACUGACUGGGAAAACCUCCUAUGUAUGUCAUGUUAAUAAUCUCAAGCUGUACAUAGGGUUGGGAAUGAAGCUGGUGAAAAUAAGAAGAGCACUCGAGUUUGCUCAUUCAAAGUGGCUCAAGGGUUACAUUCAGUUUAACACCGAUAUGAGAACAGUUGCUAAAAAUGACUUUGAGAAGAACUUCUUCAAGUUGAUGAAUAACUCUGUGUUUGGAAAGACAAUGGAGAACCUUAGAAAAAGGGUUGACGUGAAACUAAUGGUCGACGGUAACAAGCUGAAGAAGGCGGUUGCAUCACCAUGUUUCGUAAGGGCUAAAGUACUGAGUGGCGGUCUAGUUGCGGUUAAGAAGGUAAAGGAAGUGUUACUCCUGAACAAGCCUGUGUAUAUUGGAAUGAGUAUUCUUGAUCUGUCGAAAACGGUAAUGUAUGACUUUCACUAUAAUCAUAUAAGAAAGAUUUAUGGUAGCCGAGCAAAGUUACUUUUCACGGAUACAGAUAGUUUAAUGUACAGGUUGCACACUGAUGAUGCGUAUAAAGAUGCGGCGAACUUUUCUGAUAAGUAUGAUACCAGCGGUUACAAUAAGAACUCGCCCUUCUAUGAUGAGACUAAUAAGAAAGUCAUCGGUAAAUUUAAGGAUGAAGCUGGCGGUAUACCUAUAAGAGAAUUCAUUGGGUUGCGGUCAAAGAUGUACAGUUAUGAGAAAGAUGAUGGGGGAGGUGGUAAGACAGCUAAAGGUGUAAAAAAGUAUGUAAUCAAAAAGUUCAUCACUCACGAAGACUAUAAGAGGACGCUGGUGGAGGGUCUUCAGAUGAAACAUAGUAUGAACGUUAUAAGAAGCAACUGUCAUGAUGUUGGAACGUACAAUUUAAGAAAGGUCUCACUGAGCGCCUUUGAUGAUAAAAGGUUUCUGCUCACUAACGGAAUAUCAAGCCUGGCAUAUGGACAUGUAAAACUAAGUUCAGGCAAGGAUAAUCACCGUUUAGGUUGCCAAAACAGACUUAAGAGUUAAUUUCCAUAUCAAAUAGGGAAGGUAAACGGAGAGGCUGUUGGAGCAGUAAAAAGUGACUUCAAUUUGUCAUUCAGAGAAGAAAAUGAAAAUAAAAGUGGUGUUUUUUACAAAAAAUGUAUGUUAAAAGGAUUCCAGAAGAGGUAA